AAAGGUAUCGUCAGGUAGCAUUGCGGCUCGUUCACGUCCGAUUAGCAGGGUGGCGAGAAGAAUCGAAUCAGUCCCUAUCUGAGGAGCAUGCAUGCAGCGAUCGACCAAGUAUUUAUCUUCGUUUCAUUCUGAAAGGGUAGCCAGCCACACCAGCGGCAGCAGAGCUAGAGCUGUUAGCUAGCCUUGUUGCAAGGAUAAUGGCGGAGGCGAUCAUCGGGCCUCUGGUCGGGAGGCUGCAGGAGGUGGCCGUGGGCGAGGCCCGGGCGCUGGUGGGGGUGAACGCCGACAUCCACCGGCUCCGCGACAAGCUCAUGUGGCUGCAGGCCUUCCUCCGCGAGGCCGACACCAGGCGCCGGGCCGUCACCGACGAGAUCACCAGGGUCUGGACGCUGCAGACGCGCGACGCCGUGUUCGACGCCGAGGACGCGCUCGACCAUUACCACCUCCGUGCCGACAUGUCCAGGUACCCAAGGUGGGCUCGUGGUACUAUGAUGUGUCUUCAGACAUUCACGACUCAAAUACGGAUGAGACGCGGCCUCUCCAGAAAAAUCAGAGCCAUCAACAUGAGGCUUGAUGGCAUCAUUGAAAACAAGGAUAAAUACAAGAUAGAGGAUUCCAAUACGAAGACAGGUGUGACAUGGAAGCCUUCUACCUCGACAUCUAUACGCUACACUCAUAGAAAGCUGGAUGAUGUCCACGAUGCAGACGCGGUGAUCUAUAUGGAGGAGCACGACAAACUAGAGGAUGCCCUUGUCAACAACAACCUAGCUGAACACCAAGACGGCAAAGACGACCACUACCCAGUCAUGAUCACCGUGUCCGGAGAAAGCGGCAUCGGCAAGACAACUCUCGUGAGAGACAUCUACAAAAAGAUGGAGAACCAGAAAGUGUUCGAGGUGCAAGCCAUGGAAAGCUUCGCGCCUUACCUGACCGCUCCCAACAUCCUCCAGCAGAUCACCCAGCAGCUGACGCAGGACGACACCAACUGCCCUAAAGAGAUGGCGCAGGAGAUGCUGCAGAGCAGGCUGAGAGGCAAGAAGUACCUGCUCGUGAUCGACGGCGAGGUCAGCGGCACUGAGUGGAAGCACUUCUUGACCAGCAUCCCGGUGGGCGCCAGGGGCAGCAGGGUGGUGCACAUCACGCAGGGCAAGCCGGAAGAGCCGCCUAGCAGCUACCACCACGUCACCAUCGAGCUAAAGAAGCUCACGGAAGACGCCGCCAUGGCGUUGUUCCGGCAGAGGCUGCCCAAGGAGCUGCAGGACAAGAACCUCAGCAAGUACCGGAAGAGCGUUUUCAAGAUCACCCAGGGGCUGCCUCUGGCGGUGGUUCUCUUGUCGGGCCUCGUGCAGACCAAGGUGUUCCCGGGCGAGUGGGUGAAGGUCUUCCACUACCUCAAGUCCAAGCCGUCGACGGCGAACCUCGAGAGCAUGCUGUCGGUCUGCUUCGACGACCUCCCGCACGAGCUCAAGUGCUGCUUCCUCUACUUCGCCGCGCUGCCGACCAACACCACGGUCGAGGCGCGCAGCCUGGUGUUCAUGUGGGUCGCGGAGGGGUUCCUUUCCUCCAAGGGCGGGAAGACGAUGGAGAAGAUCGGCUUCGUCUACCUGUCCGAGCUGAUCAGCCGGAACCUCGUCAACCGGGCCAAAAUGAACGACGAUUCCAGCUUCGGGAGCAUGCUGGUCACGAUCCAAACCAAAGUCCACGACUUCCUGCAGAUAGAAGCGCAUGAGGCGAGCUUCGUGGAGGUCCACAGCAACGACGACAUCCCCACGCUGACCAGCGCUCGCCGCCUCUCUCUGCAGAACUACACCGACAAGUACGCCGUCCUGGCGCACCCGCUGCCGAAGCUACGGUCCAUCUUCUCCCAGUACGAGCAGGAGCCUAACAAGGGUGACCGGGGGCACCACCACAGGUCCAAAGGGAGCCGGGCGUACAUGUUCCGGUUGUCCCAGCAAAGGGCGAUCUCGAAGAUGAAGAGAGACAUCAGGUCUCACAUCAAGGACCUGUUCCAUGGGUCCGAGUUCCUCCGCGUCAUCAACCUGCAGGGCAUCGAGAUCGGCGAGACUCUGACGAGCGCCAUCGGCGACCUUGUGCACCUGCAGUACCUCGGCAUCACGUCGUGCUCGCUGAGACACGUCCCGUGGUCCAUCGGAGGACUCACCAGCCUCCAGACACUGGACGUGAGGGAGACCAACGUCCGAGAGCUCCCGAGGUCGUUCUGGAUGAUCAAGACCCUGCGGCAUGUGCUUGGCUUCGUCCUCAAGCUGCCCAAGCAGAUCGGCAACCUGAAGCAGCUGCAUACGCUCGACUCCAUAGACCUCGAGCAAGUUUCAGAGGAGACGGAUUUGGUGGAGACACUAGGAGAGAUGAUCCACCUCGAGUUCCUCUCCAUCUGGCACGUCUCGCAUGCCAACGUGAAGGCUCUCUCCGCUGCCAUGGAGAAGCUCGAGAGCCUCAGGACCCUCAUCUUGGAAGGAAAGAUCAUCCCUUCAAACGUCUUCACCACCGCCUCCCUCCGCCGCGUCAAGUUCAUGUUCCUGAGCGGGGACCUGCUGCGUUCAUCUGAUCUAGACGACGGUGGUGAAUCCUUCAUCCUCCCUAACCUCGCCAUGCUCUCUCUGGAGAAGACGUACGUGACGCAGGAGUUCAUCAGCAAGCUGUCUGAGCUGCCGUCUCUCACCACCCUUGCGCUGUACCCUGGCUCGUACAGGGACAAGAAACUCGUGUUCGCUUCGGCCAAGUUCCCGCGCCUCAAGAGGAUCAAGACGGUCGACGUGGAGGUGCUGGAGAGCGUCGAGGUUGAGGUGAGCAAGGUCCCUGAGCUCAAAGAGCUGGAGAUCCACUCCUACUUCACAGGUGGUUAUCAUCACAUUGACCUGGGUAGUGAAAGGAGGAAGCGUUCUCGAAAGACGAGGAUCGUGGUUGAUUUGAAGAAAGUGAAUGGUGCUGUUCAUGAAGAAAAUGCUGACACUUCUGGAUGGUGGAUGAUAUUCUCGUGAGUCAUAUAGUAAGGUAAAAUUGGCACCCACCACAGCUGUACAAGCAGGGAGGCUGAUUAUCUUCUUCUUUUCUCAUGUUGUUCCUCUUUUCUCUCUCUCUUCAUCAUCUUCUUGACUUCUUCCUUCCUCUCUUCUCCCUUCCUCCUCUUCUUUCUUCCUCUCCCUUCCUCAUCCACUAUCUUCUCCCUUCAUACUCCCAUGUGCAAGCAGGCGCAGGGGGGGCUGGAGGGCCCCUCUGGAUCCGCCACUGUGCACAAGUAUAGAUCAUUAAGAUGCCAUUAUCGUUCCUAUGAGCUACAAGCUCCUAUGAGCUACAAUGCUUGUACAUGCCUACAUGGUCACUGCGUAACCAUCACACUCUCUUAAAGAUGGUGUGUUCAAUGAUUGUAAUUUGUAAAUAUUUGGAUGCCGUUGUUGUUUUCAGUGUUGUGAAUAAGUGUAACCUCUAUUUAAGACAUGUGUUCAACUUAGCAAUCUUCAUCAAAAUAAGGUUAUAUUAAACAA